ACAGAGAUGGGAAUGGUGCCUGCGUCUAUGUCUGCCUCUGGUCGCUUUUCGUCGUGUAGCUGGAGGAGCGGCAGGUUUUGGCCGUAAGCUACGAGCAUAUAUAAAUAUUGGAAGUAGACUUGCUAUGUUUCAUAAAUCCUUUCUUUGUGAGGAUAAGGUUCGAUACAAUGCAGAAGGAAAACAGUCCACCUUUACCAUCAACACCUUCCCAUCGAGUUCGGCAUCGAACACGUUCAAAGUCAUUAGAGGUUUUUCCAGAUGUGAGCAAACUAAAUGGAGAAAAGUUACUUGUUAAUGAUCAAAACAAAUAUAAAUCCAUGUGGAUUAGAACAUACUCGUCGUUAUGGAUGCUUGCGAGUGUUUUACUCACUCUGUACUUGGGGCAUCUUUAUAUCUGUGCGAUGGUGAUUGUCAUCCAGAUAAUGAUGGCAACCGAGCUAUUUCAUUUACGUAGAAGAGCUCAUGAAGACAAGCGCCUUCCGGGGUUUUGGCUUAUAAAUUGGUAUUUUUUCUUCACAGCGAUGUUGUAUGUGUACGGCCGCAUUCUUAGUCAACAUCUUGUUAAUACAGUAGCUUCAGAUAAAUUCUUCUACAGACUUGUGAAUGGCCUCAUCAAAUAUCACAUGGUCAUUUGUUAUUUUUUGUAUGUUGCAGGAAUGGUGUGGUUUAUUCUUACUCUGAAGAAGAAGAUGUACCUGUAUCAAUUCGGUCAAUACGCAUGGACACACAUGAUUCUUAUAGUGGUUUUCACACAGUCUUCAUUCACAGUAGCUAAUAUAUUUGAAGGAAUUUUCUGGUUUAUUCUACCUGCAUCCCUCAUAGCAAUGAAUGACGUUUCGGCCUACUUUUUUGGCUUCUUCUUCGGUAGAACGCCUUUGAUCAAGCUAUCUCCAAAGAAGACAUGGGAGGGAUUUAUUGGAGGAUCGAUCGCGACUGUGUUGUCUGCAUUUUUGAUUUCAAAUAUCUUGGGACGGUUCCCAUGGAUGACAUGCCCCAGAAAGGAUCUAUCGAUCGGUUGGCUUUACUGCGACCCGGCACCAAUUUUCAAGCCAGAGUACUAUUCAUUCCCUAAAUGGCUCCCUCAAUUUUUCCCAUGGAGGGGAGUAUAUAUCAUGCCAGUGCAAUGGCACGCAUUGUGUCUUGGCUUAUUUGCAUCAAUCAUUGCACCAUUUGGUGGUUUCUUUGCCAGUGGUUUGAAAAGAGCUUUCAAGAUCAAGGACUUUGGUGAUAGCAUUCCCGGGCAUGGUGGUUUCACAGAUCGCAUGGAUUGCCAGAUGGUUAUGGCUAUAUUUGCCUACAUCUAUUUUCAGUCCUUUGUCCUCCCUCAAAUGAACACUAUAGAUAUUUUCUUGGAUCAGAUACAGAAAAACUUGAGUUUUGAAGACCAAGAAAGAUUGUAUUUGAUGCUUGGCCAAAUAUUCAAACAGCAGAAAACCUAGAGGAGCUUCAGCCAUCGACGGAGCAAAACAAACACAUCUCAGGUUGUAAAUUUCAUAAUGUGUUUUCCUGCUAACAGAGGUAGAAAUGUACAUAAUAUCCAGGCCAGCUCUCCGGCAUUUUCGGCUGGUUAGCAGCCAUUUUUAAAUUA